AUGUUCUCAGGCAUGUUUCGCCGGCGACAGCCCGCGGACCUUCCCGCCGCCGCCGAGUCAGUCGGCUCCUACGAAGUGCCUUUGUACACCAACGCGGCGUACUACCCGAACUGGCGGAUUUACAAGAAGCAACCUCCUUCGUCACUCCGCUUAGGGUUUAUUUCUCAUGUCUUCUACGCGUUUGCUUGUGAUGAGUGGGCUGAUACCCAGAUGCCGGUAGAUGGCACGGAGGGCUGCCUGCGCGCUUUUGUCCAGUUGAAACAGCAGUAUUCCAAGAUGAAAAUUAUCCUCUCUGUGGGUGGUGGUGGUAAGGGUAGUGAAAAUUUCGCUGCUGUGGCCCACAGUCGUUCUCGCGUGGAAACCUUCCUCCGGAGUGCACGAGCCGUGGUAGACCAAUUCGGGCUAGAUGGCAUUGACGUGGACUGGGAGCAUCCCGCGGAUUCUAAACAGGGCAAGGACUAUGUUCGUCUGCUUGCUAAACUGCGCGAAGUGCUACCCGCUCCACGCUAUGUUCUCACCACCUGUCUCCCGGCCGGCCAAUGGGCCCUGCGGAAUAUUGAUUUGUCUGCGGCGCAGCAGUAUCUGGACAUGGUCAACUUGAUGGCUUAUGACUUCUCCGGCCCUUGGGAAGCCGAGACUGGGCAUCAGGCCCAGCUCUAUGGCUCGCCUAUCUCAGGCUACUCAGCGGUUGAAUAUGUGUUGUCGCAAGGCGUGCCUGCGCGAAAGCUCAUCCUUGGUGUUCCAGUGUAUGGAAGAUCGUUCCUUGGCAGCAAUGGGCCUGGUCAGCGAUAUACAGGUACUGGCGGGGAGGAUGGCGUGUUCGACUAUUCUGAUUUACCCCGUCCUGGGGCUCAAGAGAGCCAUGAUAAACAGGCCGGUGCUGCGUCUUGUGUUGGCGCCGAUGGAGGCUUUGUUACCUAUGACGUUCCCGCGACGGUGCGGCAAAAAGCCCAAUUUGUGAUCUCGUCGAAGCUUGGUGGCCUCUUUUACUGGCACAUUUGCUCUGAUGCCCGCGGACCACGCAGCCUCAUCGAAACCGGGUAUAAUACGCUUCAUGACAUGUAA